CGGGAAGGUCAGGUGUAGGAUCAAGGCUGCAUUUAUAUAAAGACAAGAGGAAUGGAACAGGCACUGGAAAUCCUUGCUUAGAAAGGGGAAAGACCAGAGGAUUUUGAAAGGCGCUAUGAGGAUCUUAAUUUUUGUCCUCACACUGAGUGUUUUCUUGUGUUCGGGGUUUCCAGUGUACGACUAUGAGCUCCCCAUCACAGAAGAGGCUCUCAAUGCUUCCAUUGCAAGGAUCAACUCCCAGUCAUGGGGGACAAACCUCUACGGUGUGGUCAGGAGCCAUGUCACAAGAGUUGACAUGUUGGACAGUGAUACUUACAGACUAGAGCUGCGGUUCAGCAUUCGUGAAACUGUGUGCACCAAAGCUUCAGGGAGAGACCCCUUCACGUGCGACUUCAAAAUGGGACCUUUCGUGCCAGCCGCUUCCUGCAGAAGUGUUGUGGAAGUCUCCGGCGAGCUGAUCUCGAAUGUUAUGGUGCAGUGCCAUCGUGGCACAUCCAGCUCCGAGUCAAUGAGCAGCGAGGAGAUGAUGCGUAUGCCGAUAAUGAACCCCAACAGGCGAGGCAGCAGUCACAGAGAAGAUGUAUUUGCUCUUAAAGCCUUCCCUUCAAGGAGAAGAGGUGGCAGCUAUGGAGAUUGGCGUCAACCCAGCUAUUUCAGCUAUGACAAGACUGAAUAAUAUGGUUUGGUAGAUUGGAGAAGGAGAAGAAUCAAGAUUCAAAGAUUCAGCAUGGGAAGAAAGAACCUGAUGCUGCCAUUUCCUCGCCUUUUUCAUGAAAAACUAUUCUGUAAUGAAGGGACAAGUCUUUCCCUGAACCCUUUCUGCUGUAAUGUCAAAUGGCCAUCGGAUGAACUCCUGAGGCACUCAAUGCCUGUGCUCUGCAGACAAUAUCUGCCUUCUGAGCUCAAUGGGAGGACUGUCAGACACCUAACCUGUGUCCAGUAUGUGUUGUACCAGAUCAUGAUGAUGCUAUUAAAGGAUCCUUAUUCCA